AUGUCAAGACAUUCGAAGAAUAUCAAUUUAUUAGACAAAAUAAAUAAUAUCGACGAGGAUUGUUCUGAAGAUGACCAAGAAGUUUCCGAUUUUGAUGAUGAUACAGCAGAAAAUAAUUGUGACUUAUUUGACAGCGAUACGGACGAAGAGAAUAUUUUGAAUAUACGAAGAGGACAAAAAAGAAAGAGAUUUAUAGUUAGUUCCGAAAGUGAAAAUGAGGAAGGAAUUGAAACUGCUAUGGACGGAACUGUUUGGCAAAAAAUAAAAGAAGGGUCUAAUCGCGGAAGAGCACCGAUUUAUAAUAUUUUCAAGGAAAUUUUUUGA